UCUUUCACGAUCCCCCCUCGAAUUUCGUCCCCUCGUUCUCUCGCCACCGCAUCUCCGAUCCUUCCAUUUCUCUCCUUCCGUUUCUCUCUCUCUCUCUCUCUCAAUCGUUCGCCCCAACCGUCCGCUUUCUCCUCUCGAUCCGUCAACGUUUCGUCCGUUUUUCGUCCUCCUCCUCCCCCCUCCCCUCCCCUCCCCCUCCUCUCUCCCCGAUUCGCGGCUAUUUUAUCGUUCCACACGCCGUUGUCGCCGACGCGAAUCGACCCGUUUCCUUCGUGAAAAAUGAGAGAUGCUCGCGAGCCGAGUUGAUCGCGUCCACGCACCGCAUCGCUCUCCCCGAAUCCGUCACGGGGAUCGUUGGUGCAAUGCGUUUUAUCGGAUCGUCGAACGAUAUCCAUGCCCACUCGUUCCCGUCUACAACCGAUAGAUCGUUCCUUCUUCCUCGAAAAAAAGGUUAUCCUCUCCCUCCUCCCGUUGGGAUUUCUUUUUUGUCCGAGAAGGGGCGAGAUCUUCUUCGUACGUACGUACGAAACGAAUGGAUGGAUGGAUCGAAGAGGAAAUAAGGCGGUUCGAUCUUUUCAUCCGAGUUUCGCUUCGCAUGUAUCCUCGAAUAUAUAUAUAUAUAUAUAUAUAUUUUCCCGUGCGAAUUCGCGGGGGAUUCGAAAGGAAAAUUGGGGAAACGGACGUUCUAUGUUCGUUUGCCGCGCCAACUGUUCGCAGUAACUUUAUCGUAACUUGGAUCGUUAGAUUCUACCAUUCCCAAUUGUUGCUGCUCCCUCGUCGCGAAUUUCGUCCCAAUUAUCGCGACAAAGAGGUGUUCAUCGAAAUUUCCUAUUAUUCCAGCCCCUUCUUCGACCCCUAAAAUUCGAUCGUUCGAACGGAUUCCUCGUCGACGAGAUACGGUUUCUUACGGCGAAUAGGGGAAUUGUGGAGCGCAACGCGACGCAACGCAACCGCGUCGGAAAAAAUCUCGUCGAGUAAUCGAAACUUUUACUUCCCUCGUUCCUUGGAUUUUUUUACCACAAAUAUUUGACGAGAAGAGGUAUAUAUCUUCGUUACAUCCAUGAUCACGAUUCGAAUGAAUUUUGGUCGACGCGUUACCCUGUCGACGGAGAGAUGCAAGUAUGUUUCGUCUGCAAGUUCUUGAGAGAAGUGGCCCCGCAAUAACGUGAGUGUGGUGUGGAAUGAAAGAAAAAGAAUGCAGCACGGUAGAGGAGGCUAGAUGAGCACCAAUUUUCAGAGAGGUGCAUCGUACGCGAAACGUCCAGCGAUUGUAGGAAAAAAACAAGACGGCGCAUCUCUGAAAGGAAAGAAAAGCGAUAAACACGUGUGCGAAAGAAUACGCGGUCCAUACCUGGUCCGCCAUUUUGGCGGCAUGGUCCUUUGGGCCACUAUACUAUUCCUACAAGGAGCUGGUUUCGUAGGCUCGGUAACAGGUAUUCCUGGUGUUCCGGAAAAUAUAACGGUGAUGUUCCUGAAUCCAACCUCCGUGCGCGUAUCUUGGAGCACCAGUCAGGUCGAACAAGUUGAAAAAUACGACGUCACGUACAAGCCAACGGAUGCCAGGAAAUACAACGACAGUUACAGGGUGGUGGCGGUGGUCGCGGGAAAUAGCGAGGCGGUCACGUUGAGCGGUCUGAGGGCUGACACGCAAUACCAACUCGUCGUCACUGCCGUCAGAGGUGGGAAAAAAUUUCGAAGUCGGCCGAUCGUCUUCCGCACGCUUGAGCCGCCGCGAACAUCCCCGCAACAGGAUGCAGCGGUGACCGGUGGCCCUCUUCCACCCCCUCCGCCUUCUUCUCAACAGCCGCAAGCUUACAUACAGGUCCGUGGCGUGGAAGUGGGCAUAGUCGUGUUGGUGUUGAUCUUUUGGGCGGGCGCGAUAGCGUUGUUCUUCAAUCGUUGGGGCAAGAUACGUAUGUUGUUGCCGUAUCAGCCCGAUUACAAGGAACAAUUGAAAGUUCCCGGGACCGGGGUGUGCGCAGCGGCGAACGCCGCGUACACGCAACAUCCCACUCAACACACCUGUUCUCAGCAUCUGCACUGGUCGAGCCAUCACGUGGACUCGUUGGACAGCGGAGGCGGUUUCGGAUGGGCAAGAACCUCGAGGCCGCGGGUGAACAGCGCCAUCGACGUGGCCGGCUUCCUAUCCCAGGAAUUUUUAAGACGGCACGGUUCCACGUCGAAAUUGUGCCGGAAGGUUCGCAGCGCGGAUAAUUUACCAUUAGCGUCCUCGAAUCGACAAGAUCAACGAAACUCGAAGGAGGAUGGGAUCGACGGGGACAAAGAGUCGUUCCUGAGAUCGACCCAGGAGGAGAAAUCCGAGGAUUUGGAAUCGAAGAGGCACAGUAGCUUGGAGAGUUGUCCCAAGGACAAUCCGGACAUCUCGUUGCUCGAUCCUAAUCAUCAACAACAAUCUUCCAGGGAUUCGCCGGUCACGUGUUCCUCGUCGUUGGUCGGCCGACGUUUCGGUGGAUGGAGAGCAGGCGGAAGUCACGAGUACGUUCGAUGCCCCGUGCGGCAACCCGCUUCCAUGGACGAGAGGUAUUGUCGGCGAUCCGGGGACACGGAUGCUCGGCCGGCUCGCUAUCACCAUUACCAUCGAAGGGGGGGGAUCGAACGACACUCGAAGAGCUGCGACUACGCGACGAAGCGUACGCCCGAAUCGAGCAUCGAGGUUCAACACUUCGGCCUGCCCAUACUGAGCGUGAGCGAGCCCAGCCCGCCGGACGAGAACGACCGCGUCGACGAUUAUUUGUAGGACUUGCUUGCCGAGGACUUCCUCAAGGAGCUCCUCGUAUGACCCUACCGCUCGUCCCUCCUACCCUAAUCUCGCCCAAAAUUUGUCCAAAAUUCCAACUUUGCGAAAGUCGGAUAAAUAAGGAAGGAAGAGAACUCGAAGGGGGCAGAGUUGCGAGCGUUAUGCGAUCGAUAUCUCGAACUCGUGCGAGAAGAAAGCCCUCGAGAAAGAAAAUCGAGUGUAUCGAUUCCAGACGAUCGUAUCCAACGUCAAUUUCGAUAUAUUCUUUCCCCCUCCCUCGAAGCGUUCCGAUUCGUUGAUUCGCCGGUGACAGAUCGAUAUUCGUUUCCAAGAUAUCGCGUAAUAGAUGUUUCGUGUGACAUUAUUCGGCACGAUACGGCGUACACUCUUUUUACUACUUUCCUUUUCGUAUUUCCUUGUUCUCUCUGAAUCCAUUUUUCCCACGUUUCGACCGCUCCUCUUCCUCGUGUUGUCGACCAGCCAUCUUUCGAAAAGAAAAUAAAGAUACGGAUAUGCUUGAAAAUUUCAUUCGCUCGAUUUAAUUUUUCACAAUUAAUAGGAGAGGAAGGAAAAAUCGAAUAUAUAUAUAUAUAUAUAUAUAUAUAUUGCAAGCGUGACGAAGCGUUUCACAUAUCAGACGAUAAUCGUAUAAUACGAUCGUGACAAAAACGAUCUAAAUUCCGAUAGAUAUUUCAAUCUCUUGUUUUCUCCCUUUUCAUUGUUACGAAAAAGAAUCGAUUGAUAUCCUAUUAGAAGGGUAUUGGCCGUUAUCGUUCGAUUUUAAACAAUGAGGUGUAUAUAGAGAAAAUAAAGGAGUGAAAUAAUUUUAAAUAAUUUUUAUCCGCGUUAUCGAGAUGUAUGAAUUUUUGAACGAUCGAUUUUAAGAGCUUUCAAAAUUUUACUUACGAUCUUAUAUAUA